CUCGAACCUAGACUUGAGAAUCCAUGAUGGUGGAAGCAAGAUGGCGGAUCAUUUGCCUGAAGUUGGUGAAGUUGAGCUAGAAAUAGCUAGUAAUGGCGGCAUUGGAGUACCGGAGCCUCAAGUGGAGGUGGAAACAACGAUUAUUGAGCAUGGACUCGCGGAGACCGAGACAGUAUUGGACACAUCUGGAGUGGAGCUUGGCCGUCUUCUCUCCUCUGGCGGAGAGGAGAUGGUGUACAUCGCGUCGAAUGUUGGCAAUGACAUAGAAGUUGAUGCAGUCAAUGCCAUCGAAGAAACUGAAAAAGAUGAUCAGCCGGCCAAGAGGAAAAAAGAUCAUGGAGAGGGGAAAAAGAAAGCGACAAGAGCUAAAUCAGCAGCAAAAUCUAAUGCAUCAGCUCGCAAGUUUGUUGCUUCCUCCGUAUCGUUGACAGAAACGGACGCCGUCGACACUGGCUUUGAGAUAAAGAUUGGUACUCCACAAUGGGAGCAUCAGCAGUCUAGCAAUAUGGUCAACGUACAUAUCAAAACUUUGGAUGCAGACUACAGCGUUGGACAGCUUUGGCCUUCAGAGGAAAGGAAGGAGGAAGAAGAGGAGGAUGCUCCAGACUAUUCUGAAUAUCUACGUGGCAAAAAACUGCCUCCAGGUGGCUUGCCUGGAAUGGAUUUGUCCGAUCCGAAACAGCUCGCAGAGUUUACAAAGAUGGCACCGAAGAAGAGGAAGGAUACAGAUGGUCCACGAACGGUUCCUUGCCCACACAAGGGCUGCUCUAAGAUGUUCCGUGAUAACUCUGCUAUGCGUAAGCACUUGCAUACCCAUGGACCCCGGGUACAUGUCUGCGCUGAGUGUGGCAAAUCCUUCGUUGAAAGCUCUAAGCUGAAGAGGCAUCAGCUCGUUCACACCGGAGAAAAGCCUUACCAGUGUACUUUUGACGGCUGUGGUAAGCGUUUCUCGCUGGACUUCAACUUACGAACUCAUGUAAGAAUACACACAGGUGACCGACCGUACGUGUGCCCCUUUGAUGGCUGCAACAAGCGCUUUGCUCAGUCAACCAAUCUGAAGUCUCAUAUAUUGACGCAUGCAAAGUCCAAAACGCCUUCCUUGCUCGGCACAGGUCUUGGUGUAGGUCUUAGCACAUCCCUGGGUAUAGGCCUGUCUCCGCUGAAUCAGCUGGGCCAAUCUUUGAAUGUGUCGGCUCUUAGCCAACCAUCACUUCUGCUGCCGUCAGCGGUAUCUCCUGUUACGUCAGCUGCAGCUGCAUUACUGCCCAUCGGUGUCCCAAGCCACAUACCAAUCUCGGUACCUGCACCUGCAGCUGUUGCGGUGGUGUCAUCAUCCAUCUCAUCAAGUCUAUAACAGUACAGCGAAUGGCCCUGCCUUUGCUAUAGUCAGUUAGUUCUAACUGCUAAUUUCCUUGCCGUACAUAGUGCUACCUUAUUUAACACGCUGUCUUGUACCUAGCUCUUGUGCAUGUUGUUGCGCUUUUUUUCAUAUAUAGUAUGCAUAAUGGCCCUUAGGCAUAUCUGUUCAUAUCUUCUUGUCUUUGCUUGAAGCCCUGUAUAAAGUCGUUUUGUUCCUGUUAAUAGUGUCCUUCCUUGAAUGUCUCGCCAUCAACCCGCCCUGUUUCUCCUCUCGAAUAGACAGUCAGAACCAGUUUCUGGUUUCAAGAGUAGUUUACGUGUCUUGCCUGUAUUAUAUUUUUCUCGUCUCGCUGCCCUGUCCCUGUGAUUAUACACCCCCUAGGCCCCUACCAAUGCUCAGUUUCAUUCUUUAUCUCGCUUCGCUUUUUACCGCUGAUCGAAUAACUAUACUUCGGAGCGGUGCUGCCCGAAUUUUUCCUCUCGAAUAUGACUUUUCUGUAAGGAUUCGUUUUAUGAUCUAUCCGCUCAAUGUGACUGUGCGCUUUGAUUGUUCUUUGCUGAUUUUCAAUAAGAAGUGUCCGUGAACUUUUA